AUGCGCGCAAAGCCGUCCUGCACAUCCCCGUAUGCGCGCGUCAUUUCUCCCCUCUCCGCAUUCCUCCACGCCUCCCCCAACCUCUCCUCCUUGCUGUUCUUCUUCCUAGCCCAGCUCACCAUCUCUCUCUUUUCCCCUCUCGUCCCCUCCACCCGCCGCAUCAUGGUGUCGGGCAGCGGAGUGGUGAAGCAGACCAUUGUGGUCGACGCGCGUCACCACAUGCUGGGGCGCCUCGCGUCGAUCGUCGCUAAGGAGCUCCUUAACGGCCAGCAUGUGGUCGUGGUGCGGUGCGAGGACAUCUGCCUGUCGGGCGGGCUGGUGCGCCAGAAGAUGAAGUACCUCCGCUUCCUGCGCAAGCGCAUGAACACCAAGCCCUCCAAGGGCCCCUUCCACUUCCGCGCGCCCUCCAAGAUCUUCUGGCGCACUCUCCGCGGAAUGAUCCCCCACAAGAUUCCCCGCGGCGCCGCUGCUUUGGACCGCCUGAAGGCGUUCGAGGGCAUCCCCGCGCCCUACGACAAGAUGAAGCGAGUCGUCAUCCCCGACGCGCUUAAGGUGCUGCGGUUGAAGCCUGGGCACAAGUUCUGUCUGUUGGGUCACCUUGCCCAUGAGGUUGGCUGGCACUACUGGGAUGUUGUCAAGGAGCUGGAGGCCAAUCGUAAGGCUGAUGCUGUGGAAUACUACAAGGAGAAGAAGGCGACUAUCAAGGCGCGCGCAGAUGCUGUUAAGGGUGUGUUGGCGGCUGAUGCUGACCUUAGUGCCACGUUGGCAGCUGUUAGCUACUAG